AUGAGUGAAUAUUCGGACGUUCAGUUGUUUGUGAGACCUAUUGGUCCAGAUGCAAAGCAUGAAGAGGUGGAGGAAUUUUUCGCGGAAGCUGGUGCCAUCAGAGAGUUAAGGUUGAUGCCAGGCUAUGCGUUCGUUGAAUAUGAGACAGCCGAAACUGCUCAAAAGGCAUUCAGCCAAUUUAUUGAUAAGCCAUUCCAAGGGGAAACUUUGCAGAUUGAAUACGCCAAAAGGAAGCCCGAGUAUGCCAAAAAGGGUGAAUUCAGAGCUAAGGUGACCGAUUUGCCUGAAGGCACAGCAUGGCAAGACUUCAAGGACUUUAUUAGAGAGGAAAUAAGAGUCCGUCCAACUUUUGUGAGAAUCCCUAUGGAUGAGCCCACUGUUUGUUACUUGGAAUUCAGUUCGAAAGAGGAUCUGGACUCGGCUAUUACCCAACUUAAUGAGGUCAAAUACAAAGAUGCCCAGAUGGCUGCCGAGAUAGAUACUAGUCCAUACAUUGCUUCUGCUUCUAGACAGUUCAAUCCUAGACGCAGACGUAGAGGAGGUUUCAGAGGAGGUAGAGGAAGCUUCAGAGGUGGCUAUGAGCGUCCUUCGGGUGGCUACGAUCGUCCUUCAGGCGGCUAUGAUCGUCCUUCAGGUGGUUAUGAUCGUCCUUCAGGUGGCUAUGAUCGUCCUUCAAGUGGUUAUGAUCGUCCUUCAAGAGGCUAUGGCUACAGAAACGGUCCUCCCCAAAGAGCUUACCGUGGAGGUCCACCACCUAUGGAUAAUGGUCCAUCUUCUUCCAACUAUGAUGAUGCCCCGUCAGGAUACAGAGAUUACCCACCUUCUGGUCCAAGAGGAGGUAGUGGCUACGCACCUAGGGGUGGUAGAGGUGGUUACCUUCCAAAGUCUCCAGGCAGUUAUCCUCCACAGAGAGGUGGAUAUCGGGAUGACUAUCCACCUCCUGAAAGAGAAGGUGGUAGAGGAUCUGAUUACAGAUCAAGCAGAGAGGGUGAGCCCAAUUUACCUGAAGAAAGAGAAUAUAACAGAGAUCGGUCUCCAACUAGGUAUUAA